AUGCUUAACAGUUAUCUAAAAUCUAGUAAAUUCCAAAAAAAUAUCCCUGAAUGGAUUGCUGUGCUAGUUCUUCUAUUGAUAUUUUUCUACGUCGUUGAACCAGCGAAGCCUUUUCAACGACAAUUCAAGUUAUCGGAUCCUACCCUUCAACAUCCAUUUGCGACUACUGAACGAGUUACCGAUAACCAGUUAUAUAUUUUAUCAUGUCUUUUACCAUUGGUCAUCAUGAUACUUAUAACUAAUUUGCGGAGGAAAAAUAAUGUGAAUUUGAAUAAUUUUCAUGUUUUGCAAGUAUCAUUAUUGGGGUUAUUUGUCUCCUUGAGUACCAAUGGAGUCAUUACAGAUAUAUUGAAAAACUGGAUUGGCAGACCCAGGCCAGAUUUUUUGGCUAGAUGUGGGCCUACAUCAACUACACCAUCGAACACAUAUGUUGGAAUUGAAGUAUGUACUGCACCGUUGGGCCAGAUGUAUCUCUUAGACGGUGGUAAAUCUACCCCUUCUGGACAUGCGUCACUUUCAUUUGCGGGCUUAUUUUACUUCUAUUUAUGGCUCUUAGGCCAAUUCAAAUUGAGAAGGGAGUCGUACUUGUGGCAACAUCUUGUUGCAUUAAUCCCAAUUAUAUUGGCAAUUUUCGUUGGAUUGAGUAGAACUCAAGAUUAUAGACAUCAUUUCUUUGAUAUUAUAUUUGGGAGCGGAAUUGGUAUUUUGAUAGCCUUCGUAGUUUACUUCAGAUACUUCCCUGAUUUGAAUUCGGAAAAUAGUAAUGUUCCAAUAACAGUUGAUGAUAAUAUUUUACCCACUUAA